AUGCCACAGGCAGGUCAAGGGACGGGAGCAGCUGUAAGAGACUCCGAGGAAACAGACUCUAAGCAGAAGGCAGAGGAAGGUUGUGAUGGAUACUCUGUGAUGACAUGCUCUGGCCUUAAAUCAAAAAGGAAAAGGUCUUCACUAAAAGCAGGAAGUUCGCCUAUUACAGAAUCUUUUGCUUCUCUGAGCACAUAUAAUGACCAAUCCGUCACAUUUGUUAUGGAGGAAGGAAGUUACGAGAUCUAUGUGGAAGACCUGGGGAAAGAUCAAGAGAAAGGCAAGGUGUUACUGCAUUACUACGAGUCUUCAUAUUCCAGUGAAUCAGGUGAUGCUGUUGACGGUAAGAUGUUAAUGGUGACCCUGAGUCCUGCAAAAGACUUCUGGCUGCACGCCAACAACAAGGAGCAUUCUGUGGAGCUCCAUAAGUGCAAAAAUCCGUUGCCAGACCAGGCCUUCUUUGUCCUUCAUAAGAAGCCCUACAAGUGUGUUUCAUUUGAAUGUGUUUCAUUUGAAUGUAAGAGUGCUCCUGGAACGUUUUUAGGCGUGAAGGAUAAUCAGCUUGUUCUAAUCAAUGAACGCUGUUCUGAGAAUUUCAGUAGUGAGAACAUCCUGUUUAAGCUCUGUAAAACAAUGUGAUGGAAAGCUGUGGGUCUUGGGUUGGGUGGCCCAAAUGCUACUGGUGGAAAAGGGAUGGGAGAUAAAGAGGUGACAAUUAAGGGGAAUGGAGACCACUGAGCAUGCUGUGGAAUGUUUUCUUCAUUAUGUAUGGAAAUAUUUUUUUUCUAACCUUUCAGUUACAUUGUGUUUCUUUCUGGAUAAUUGCAUGUCCAGUACAAGUAGCCGGAUUAUUAUUUAGGGUAUUGAUAAAGAAACUGCUAAUAUUCUAAAGACAUGCAGCCUGGCAUCUACUUUUAUUUACUUUCAGUCUACAAAGAACUUCACAUUUAGAGCCGAGACCUCCAAGGAGACGCCAAAGCCUCAGCUCAAGUCACUCUUCAGACAGGGAUCCUUGUGAAAGGGCCACUUUGGGAAAUGAUGUUUCCUGGUUCCAAACAAUAAGCCCAAACACUGGUUCUGCUAGUGCAAAGACGACCAGAUGCUACAUAGGAUGACCAUUUCUCAGCUGAAAUAAAACACAAAAGUUUGUAGAUGCCAUAGACAGCACUCGAGAUUAGCUCUUUCUUGCCGUCAGGGGUAUGAAACUUCAGCGCCUAGGCAGGUAAUAUACAUGUGUGAGAAAGCAAGUAUAGUCAACAAAUUAAGAAAAACAAGUUCAGUGUUUGCAAAGUGAAUGACCUCACUUCUAUUUCAUUUUUGGAAGUCAGAUUUUUGCAUACCAAGUUUACUUUAAGCAAGGCAUGAUUACUUAGUGAAAUAAACGUUAGAGCAGGCAUAAAAUCUGAUUCACUUGGAAUGUCUAACAAACUAAAACGUGUUUUCAUUUUUUCAAAAGUACUGAGCCCCAACACAGUUUAGAGCAUGUGAGUACGACAGGAUUGAAGUGCUAUGGUGAGGCUAGAUGUCCUCUGACCCACCAGAGCCUAGAUGGGGCACAAAAACGAUAUUGAAAUUUCAGUAACUGACUGUCCCUCGUGUUUGUGGCAUGCCAUCCCUCCCAACCCAGACUUCCAGGACCCAUGUCUAUGCUCAUUGUCACCUGGGACAGUUUUCUCCUAAUCCCUGCUUUCCAUGUGCACAAGUCUUUUUGUCAUCCAGCUUCCUUAUGACCUUGCUUAUUGCAGAAUGUUUAUUUUGCUUCUUUCUCUUCAUUUCUUUUGACCAGUCACACCCUUGGGAUGUCUUUUGCACCCCUGUGCUUCAUUUCCACAUCACCUGAAUUCUGGAUGCCAGCACCUUUAUUCUGCUCUGUCUACCCAGUGUUGUAGAAUUUUUAGAUAAAUCUACUAAUGCAGUAUUUUUGUUGAACAUCUUUGUGGUUUGCAAUCACCAAGGUAGUAAAAUUUAUACUUAAUUAUAUAACAUUUUUAACUACUAAAGAAAUCGCUUUUGCUUAUUUUAAAGUCUUAGCAAUGUCUACUACAGUUUUUCUUAGACUUAAUACCGAUAAAUGAUAAACGUAAUAACAAAAUACUUACAAAAUAAGCCCUUUCUGAAAGUGUGGACUUUUUCAUUUCUAAUUUGUUGAGACUUAUUGAAUAUAAUUCCGGUAGCACAUAAGAUAAAAGAGGCUGAGAAUUACUGCACGAGGGUAUCACAAUUACAAAAGAAUAUAUCUUUGUUUAAUUAUUUUGUCAAUAAUUUUACCAAAGAGACAAAAAUAAAAGCAGAAUCUAUGUCACCCCCUGUGAAAACACUAAAUAUUGACCACAUACAUUUGUAUGAUAUACUUAAAGUAAUUGUUAAAUAACCAAAUAUAUCUACUACAUUGUACCUAUUCUUAAAUAAACUGUAUUUUUCAAAAGUAUGUGAGACCAUAACAAUUUUAUCAUAAAAUGACUCAAUAUUCUGAAAUUCCAAAGUGAAAGCAAGCAUACGCAAUCCAGCAGUGUCUCUGGAGCAGGUCAUUUGUCUGAUAUUUUUGGUGAUUCAAGACCAAGUAAGAUUUUUCAAGAGAAGGGAUGUGUCUUUUCACCUUUGUAUUCUCAGUGCCCAUCCUGAUGGCCAGCAUAGAGGAGGUGUUUGGUAACUUUCACCCACAAUCAAGCACGUACCGGCACCAGAACUUCAAUCUGAGACUUCCGAGUCCCUGUUUAGAUAUCUUUCAACUUGGCUAACUUAUUUUUCAUGCUGGAUUUUCUUUUAAAAAAUGCUUCCUUCCCACCAUCAUUACAGUCAGUAUAAUCUGACUAAUACAAAGAAAUGCGGAGUGACAUUUUUUGUCACUUAUAUACAUGUGUUUUGAUAAUCCAAACACCCAUCACUGAAGGGAGUUUGUUCAUUUCAUUGUGUCAGAAAUUAAAAUUGUAUCAAAAUUUG